UUCACCUUCUCCGCAGCCAAAAAAAAAAAAAAAACCUGAAACGCCGCCAAUUUUUUUAAUCAACAGUAAAAAAUGGAUUUAUUAAUUACCGGUGACCGGCAAAUACAAAACCCUAACGACUUUCCUCUUCAGAUAACUCCAUUCCCGCCCACCGGCAACUUUACUAUCCCCACUUCAGCCGCAGCUCCUUCGGCGGCGGAGGCGGGGUCGAGUGAGGCUGCCAGCUUGCCUCCGCAGAAGCUCCGUCCGAUUAGAAGAACUGGCAGGGUUCCGUCGAGUUCUAGGGAGGACGGGGAAGAGAGUCUGAGGGGUUUGGUUAGUGGACAGCCGAGUGAAGUGGCGGCUGGUGGUGGUGGUGGGUCGGGUGGAGGUUUAUUUGAUGAUGAAUUUAGCUUAUGUUCGAGUGAUGGAAACGAUGAUGAUUUAUCGGUUGGUGUGGGAGAAUCUGUUGGUCGGAAGAGAAAGAGGAAAUCCAAGAUUGAGAAGUUUUUGGAGAGUUUGGUGAUGAAAGUGAUGGAGAAGCAGGAGGAGAUGCAUAAACAGUUGGUAGAGAUGAUAGAGAGUAGAGAAAGGGAGAGGGUGAUAAGAGAUGAAGCUUGGAAACAGCAAGAGAUUGAAAGGAUGAAAAGGGAUAGUGAGGCUAGGGCUCAAGAGACUUCUCGUAACCUUGCUCUCAUUUCCUUCAUCCAGAACAUGACGUCAGGUCAUGUUAUCGAAGUCCCUCAACCAUCAAUGACAUUCUCACACAUGGUGAAUGAUGGAGGCAAUGCCGAUGCCCCCAUUCAAAAUGAUUUUAUGGGUGACCAAAGUAAUCAAAGAUGGCCAGAAGCUGAGGUGCAAGCACUUAUAAUGCUUCAAACUGCUUGGGAACAACAGUCGCGAGUUACAGGCUCCAAAGGGACUAAUAUUUGGGAUGCAAUAUCUGCUGGAAUGUACAAUAUGGGCUACAACCGCACUGCAAAGAAGUGUAAAGAGAAAUGGGAAAACAUCAACAAGCACUUCAAAAUGUCACUGGGAACUGCCCCAAAGAAACCAUUUCAAAAUAGUACAGUGAGCCCUUAUUUUCCGGAAUUGGACACGUUAUACAAUGACGAUUUUGUUAAUCUGGGAAAUGGCUCUGCCAAUACAGACAAUCAAGCUAACUGCGCACUGGGUAAAGGUUGAAAAUCUCAAACUGUUUCAAGUCUUUGGCUGUCUCCCAGCAUCAUCAAAAGAACAACCAGGGACCUGAAAUUUAUAUUUCUCGAAUCUUACCUUGAUGUGAUUUCUGGUCCAUUUAUGCAUCUGUAUUAACUUAGAGUAGAACUUCAUUGAGAUGUUAUUGACUGUUCUUGCAUUAGCUAUGCAUUGCAGGGGAAAAUUAUGAUUGUAUGAAUUGUUCUUCCAACAAUAUUCAUAGGAGCAUUCUAGCCAUUUGCUUCCUUGUGUUUUGAAUCCUUAUUCAACGAGUACUGUGAUUUCUUUA